GACCUCACUACACCUACAUGUUUAUAACCUAUAGGUUAUAUUUUUGCUUCUCUCCACAAGAAUUGUGCACAAAAAGUAGCCACUUUCAGUUUCAGUUUCGAUGACUAGACUAUAAAUAACUCCAUCAAGAGAGCAUUUUCACAGUAGUUUGACUACAGUACAGAGCCUCCUGGUCGCCAGCCUUGUAAUAUUUGGAUCUAUAUUCCCAGUUUAGCAGAACCGUCAUGUCUGGGACAGUCAGCAUGAAGGAGCCAGUGUGCCUGGUGGAGAGUGACAGAGAAGGGAGACUGCAUGUGGUGCCAGCUGCACAGGACAUCCUGAACCAGAUAGACCAGCAUGUGGUGGUGGUGGCGGUGGUGGGUUUGUACCGCACUGGCAAGUCCUACCUCAUGAACAAGCUAGCCGGGAAGAACAAAGGAUUUGCCCUGGGAGCCACCAUACAAUCCAAGACUAAGGGCAUCUGGAUGUGGUGUAUGCCUCAUCCUAAACAAGCUGACCACACUCUGGUGCUGCUGGACACAGAGGGACUAGGGGACGUAGAGAAGGGUGAUGAGAAGAACGACAACUGGAUCUUCUCCCUUGCUGUCCUCCUCAGCAGCACUAUGGUGUACAACAGCAUGGGCACCAUCGACAACCACGCUUUGGAGAAACUCCACUACGUGACUGAACUGACAGAGCACAUCAAGGUGAAGUCUGGGAAUGGAGAUGAAGAUGAAUCCACAGAAUACAUGCGAUUCUUUCCCUCCUUCGUGUGGACAGUUCGUGACUUCACCCUGGAGUUGAAGCUCGAUGAAAAAGCCAUCACAGCAGACCAGUACCUGGAGAACGCCCUCAAGCUGAAACCAGGUCACAGUAAGAAUAUUCAGGCAUACAACCUCCCUCGCGAAUGCCUCCGGAACUACUUCUCUCCUCGCUGGUGUUUUGUGUUUGAUCGUCCGGCUGACGGAGAGAAGAUGAGACGCAUGGAGGAGCUGACCGAUGCUGACUUAGAGCCCAAAUUUGUCCAGCAGUCAAAUAACUUCUGUACCCACAUCUUCACCAACGCCAAAACCAAGACCUUGAAAGGAGGCGUUAAGGUAACUGGCAGAUUGUUGGGUAACCUGGCAGAGACGUACGUUGCUGCCAUCCGCAGCGGGCAGAUCCCCUGCCUGGACAACGCCGUGCUGGCGCUGUCAGAGAUUGAGAACUCCGGUGCUGUUGAGCGUGCCAGGGUGUUCUACCAGGAGAACAUGGCAUCAUUUGUGGUGUUCCCCACUGAGACCCAGGAGGAUCUGUCUGAUAUCCACGCCCAGAUAGAGAAGGAGGCUCUGGCCAUUUUCAUGAAAAGUACCUUUAAGGACGAGAAUCAGAAAUACCAGACCAAGCUCAUGGAAGUGCUUCAGGCAGAGUACCAGCAGAUCUGGGAGAAGAACUGCCAGGAGUCUAAGAGGAAGUGUGAAAGCAUCAUCAAGCGUGUCUUCGGCCCUCUGGAGGAGAAGGGGAGCUCUGCCUACACUGUCCCUGGUGGAUACAACAAGUACUGCACUGACCUCCAAAUGAUGAUCCAGAAAUACAAAGCUGCAGAGGGCAAAGGAGUGAAGGCAGAGGAGGUUAUCCAGGUGUACCUGGAUGGGCUGGCCAACCUUGGACAGACUAUCCUGGCUGCAGACAAGUCUCUCUCUAAAGCUGAGCAGAGGACUAAAGAGGAAGAGGCCAGGAGGGAGCAGGUUGAACGAGAGCGGUGUGCAGCGCAGGAGCAGGUCAGGAUGCUGAAGAGCCUGCAGGAGGACCAGAACAGAACUCACCAGCAGCACAUCAACCAGCUGAAGGAGAAGAUGGAGGGCGACAUGAGAAAUGCCACUGCAGAGUACCAGAGAGUUCUGGACGCCAAGCUGAAGGAGCAAAAGGACCUCCUCAAGCAUGGCUUUGAUGAAAAAGCACGGCAAAUGCAAAGUGAGAUACAGGAUCUAAAAACUCAGAAGUACCAAGAGGAGAAGGAUAGUCCAUCCUUUAUGAACAAGGCUUUGAACUUUGUUGGAGACACUGCCAUGAUGGUUCUACCAGGAUUUCUUCCAAAACUGGGUGGAUUGGCUCUAAAGUUAGUCUCCAAAAUUUUCUAAUUUUGUGCUUUGAAGUAAAAGUUAAACAAAAAUAA